GCGCGCGGGGCGGGGGCGCGGGGCGCGGCGCGCGGAGUCCGCUCGGGGCCGGAGGCGCCGCGGCCGGGCCGGAGCCGCGAGGAGCGCGGGCCAUGGCCCAGGCGGGCCGUGCAGGUGGCCCUCCCCCGGGUGGUGGUGCCCCGUGGCACCUUCGAAAUGUCCUCAGCGACUCUGUGGAGAGCUCAGAUGAUGAAUUCUUUGAUGCUAGAGAGGAAGUGGCUGAAGGGAAGAAUGCCAUCCUCAUUGGAAUGAGCCAGUGGAAUUCAAAUGACCUGGUGGAGCAGAUUGAGACCAUGGGGAAACUGGAGGAGCAUCAAGGAGAAGGAACCGCGCAGUGCACGUCCAGCAUCCUCCAGGAGAAGCAGCGAGAACUGUACCGUGUUUCCCUGCGAAGACAGAGGUUCCCGGCCCAGGGAAGCAUCGAGAUCCAUGAAGACAAUGAGGAAGGCUGUCCUCAGCGCUCUUGCAAGACGCAUGUGCUCCUGUUGGUGCUGCAUGGGGGCAACAUCCUGGACACAGGCUCGGGGGACCCCUCCUGCAAGGCAGCUGACAUCCACACCUUCAGCUCGGUGCUGGAGAAGGUCCUGCGGGCCCACUUCCCUGCUGCCCUGGGCCACAUCCUCAUCAAGUUCGUGCCCUGCCCUGCCAUCUGUUCGGAGGCUUUCGCUCUCAUCUCAAACCUGAACCCCUACAGCCACGACGAGGGUUGUCUGAGCAGCAGCCAGGACCACGUGCCCCUGGCCGCUCUGCCGCUGCUGGCCAUCUCCUCCCCGCAGUACCAGGAGGCCGUGGCCACCGUCAUCGAGCGAGCCAACCAGGUCUACGCAGAGUUCCUCAAAUCCCCAGAUGGGAUUGGCUUCAGUGGGCAGGUGAGCCUCAUUGGAGACUGCGUGGGGGGCCUCCUGGGCUUCGAUGCCAUCUGCUACAGUGCCGGGGGACCCGGGGAGAGCCCCGGCAGCAGCAGCCGGAAGGGGAGCAUCAGCAGCACUCAGGACGUGCAGAUUCUGGCAGAGGAGGAAUGCAGCCUGGCCGACACCAAGCGUCUCAGCAAGAGCAGCAUUGAUGUCUCUAGUGUGUUGGAAGAUGAGGAGCCCAAGAGGCCGUUACCACGGAAACAGAGCGACUCCUCCACCUACGACUGUGAGGCCAUCACCCAGCACCACGCCUUCCUCUCCAGCAUCCACUCGAGCAUGCUGAAGGAUGAGGCAGACCCCCCUGCCACGGGGGGACCCCAGCUCCCAGAGGUCAGCUUGGGCCGCUUGGACUUUGAUGUGUCGGACUUCUUCCUCUUUGGCUCACCCCUGGGCUUGGUCCUGGCCAUGAGGAGGACGGUGCUGCCUGGGCUGGAUGCCUUCCAGGUGCGUCCGGCCUGCAGCCAGCUGUACAGCUUCUUCCACUGUGCGGACCCCUCUGCCUCCAGGCUGGAGCCGCUGCUGGAGCCCCAGUUCCACCUGGUACCACCCGUCAGUGUGCCCCGCUACCAGAGGUUCCCGCUGGGUGACGGACAGUCCCUGCUGCUCACGGAUGCCCUGCACACCCACAGCGCCCUCUUCCUGGAGGGCAGCGCCCGCGGCAGCCCCCCCCUUCUGGACGCCCCCGCUUCGCCCCCUCCGGCCCCGAGGUCCCAGCGCCCGGGGCGCAGGCUGAGCCAGGGCAGCUCCCACAGCAACAGCUCCGAGUCCUCCGACAGCCUGGCCCCCGUGGGCGCCUCCCGCAUCACAGCCAAGUGGUGGGGCACCAAGCGCAUCGACUACGCCCUGUACUGCCCUGACGUGCUCACGGCCUUCCCCACGGUGGCCCUGCCCCACCUCUUCCACGCCAGCUACUGGGAGUCCACAGACGUGGUGGCCUUCAUCCUGAGACAGGUGAUGCGCUACGAGAGUGUGAACGUCAAGGAGAGCGCGGGCUUGGAUCCCGCAGCGCUCAGCCCUGCCAACCCCCGAGAGAAGUGGCUUCGCAAGAGGACCCAGGUCAAGCUCCGGAACGUCACUGCUAACCACCGAGCCAACGACGUAAUUGCUGCUGAGGAUGGGCCCCAGGUCCUGGUGGGGCGGUUCAUGUAUGGGCCGCUCGACAUGGUUGCUCUGACUGGAGAGAAGGUGGACAUCUUGGUGAUGGCAGAACCAUCCUCAGGCCGCUGGGUCCACCUGGACACAGAGAUCACCAAUAGCAGUGGCCGUAUCACCUACAGUGUGCCACGGCCCCGACGCCUGGGCGUCGGCGUCUACCCGGUGAAGAUGGUUGUCAGGGGCGACCAGACCUGGGCCAUGAGCUACCUCACAGUGCUGCCUCGGGGCAUGGAGUGCGUGGUGUUCAGUAUCGAUGGCUCCUUCGCAGCCAGCGUGUCCAUCAUGGGGAGUGACCCCAAGGUUCGGCCAGGGGCAGUGGAUGUUGUCCGGCACUGGCAGGACCUGGGCUACAUGAUCCUGUACAUCACGGGGCGGCCAGACAUGCAGAAGCAGCGGGUGGUGUCCUGGCUGUCUCAGCACAACUUCCCCCAGGGCAUGAUCUUCUUCUCGGACGGGCUAGUUCACGACCCGCUGCGCCAGAAGGCCAUCUUUCUCCGCAACCUCGUGCAGGAGUGCUUCAUCAAAAUCAGCGCAGCCUAUGGCUCCACAAAGGACAUCUCUGUCUACAGUGUGCUGGGUCUGCCACCCUCCCAGAUCUUCAUUGUGGGCCGGCCCACCAAGAAGUACCAAACCCAGUGCCAGUUCCUGAGCGAGGGCUACGCCGCACACCUGGCGGCGCUGGAGGCCAGUCACCGCGCGCGCCCCAAGAAGAACAACUCGCGCAUGAUCCUGCGCAAGGGCAGCUUCGGCCUCCACGCGCAGCCCGAGUUCCUGCGCAAACGCAACCACCUGCGCAGGACCAUGUCGGUGCAGCAGCCCGACCCGCCCACCAACCCCAAGCCCGAGCGGGCCCAGAGCCAGCCCGAGUCGGACAAGGACCACGAGCGGCCCCUGCCCGCGCUCAGUUGGGCCCGAGGGGCCCCCAAGUUCGAGUCGGUGCCCUGAGGGCCAGGCUGUGCACAGAGCAGGGGCCCUCUCCCCGACACAGGCCUUUUCCUGCUUCUCCCCCCCGCCCCACCGUGUCUGUCCAGCAGUGUCCUACCAGAGUGGGGAGGGACCCUGCCCAGCCCGGGGACCCCCAGGGCUGUGAGCGGGUGAGAUGGGGAGUCUCUGUGCAGCUGCUGCUGCGUCCCCGCAGGCCUGUUACCGCCAGCCCCAGCAGGAUGGUGUUUGUGUGACGCUGGGCUCAGCUGUCGGCGGGACCACCCGCCCCAAGUUCCAGGUCGCAGGCUUCGGCAUGGUGCCAGGCUGGCCCACAAGGAGAUGCCCUGGGCCGUGGGCCAUAGCUGCUGGCACUACAGCCUCUCGACUGCUGGUGGAGUGGCAGGGGCAUUUGUGCCUGCCCUCCCGGUAACAUCAUGGCCCAGGCUAUUGGGCCUAGCUCUCCUGUGACCAGGGGCCACUGUCUGGGAGGGGGGAUGUGCCCGGGGCCCCUCAGAUGUUCAGAGUCCUGGGCCCCCUGGGGAGGGGUCUGGUGCUGAUGGUCUAUCCUCCUGCAGCUGUCAUUGUCCCCCUUCUGUCCAGUGUUCUCCUGGGGACAGGCCUUCCUCUUCUAGGACCCCUGCCUGGUGCCCUCCCCCGCGAGGUGUUGGCUUUAGGGUACCUUUGAGCCACCGCUUGCUCCUCUGGGCCCUGGCUUCCUAAAUAGUGGGUGGGGUCUUCCCCACCAGCCCCCCUCCGCACAGAUCCCUGUAAAGUCAGGCCUCUGGGCUGGCCUGCCCUUCUGCCCUGGACACUUUCUGGGCCCUAAGUACCCUCAGAUCAACCUGGACUUCACCUUGGAGAGGGUCUGAGUGGACGGGAGGAGCAGGGGAGGGAUCUCUGCCCCACAGGGAGGCUGGCUUGGCACCCAAAACUGGCCCCGGGGACAAAACCAGGAGUCUAUACAUAGCUGCUCAGAUGAAUUGCUCCCUGUGGGGUGCUGGAAGGCUGAGAGCACUGAGACCCCAGGGUUAAGGGGGCUCAUGUAAUUUUGGCUCAAACUGUUGUUCUCUCCUCCUUUCCCUCUCCCACUCAGCUUGGUUUGUGCCCAUCACCGCCCUGAAGUUGGCAGGGCCUGGCUCUCCAGGGACCCUCAAGGCCUGCCCCAGCCCUUGUGCUGCUGAGCACUGGCCUGGGCAUUGGUCUCCAGCACCACCUCUGCUCUGUGGCGCGGGCCAGGCCUCCUGGUGUGGGUGCUGGGCCUCCUCCUGAGCCCCCUGUUGGCUGUGCCCGGGGCUGGCUCGCCCUUUAGGCCAGGCUCCAUCAGGGCCCCAGACCUAGGCCCUGACCUUGUCCACACAGCAGGGACCUGUGUGCACCCAGUGUUGCUUCUGCUCAAUGUCUACCUCUUGCAGCUCCCGGGCAGCCCACAUCCCCCCCGAUGUUGGCUGUUGGUCGGGCAGCUGACCCUUGUGAGUCACCUGUCAAAAGGGGUGCCCUGCUGGGGCUGGAGGGCUCUGGAUUCCCAGGCCCCACCCGUGGCUCUCCACUAGAAAUGUGUCUUCUCCAAUCUGCUAGCCCCGGCCCAUGCUCUGAGCUCUGCUUUUCACCCUGCGUUGGCAUCCAAGCCCAGAGCUGCUGGCAGUUUGGUGGGAAGUUUCCCCCCUGCCACUCCUGCCCGCCACCUUUGGCAUCUCCCUGGGGCCUGCCUCCUGGCAUUGCACACCUCUCCUGACCAUGCCCUCAUUCUCAGUUUUCCAUACGGCACAGGCUUAUAGAGCAUCUCAGCCCUAAACAUUCUCCUCCUCUCCAGAAGAGACCGCAGAUUAAAUCCAGCAUCUCCUCUGGGCAGGAGUCACUGAUGUUCUUUCCUCCCGAACGAUGGAGUCACCGGUGAGGAUGCAUCUCCCCAUUAGACUCCUUGCACUUUCUGAGAGUCCCGGGAGAGGAGGGCCAGCUUGUAUAGUUCAGGGGUGGAGUGUGCGCCCAGGAUGGGACCUCUGCUACAGCGAACCACUUGUGAACCCGAUUUGUGAACCUGGGGAGCCCCAGGCAGUGAGGACGGCACAUGUGCUGUUCCAAACAGCAACCAGCUCUCACUGCAGCCCUGAAACCUCGCCGGUGCGGUACAGUGCCGUGUUCAGUCUUGUCCGUCCAGUUCAGUUGGAGAAAUAGCAAACCAAGUUGUGUUGUCCUCCAGGAGGCACAGCUGUGUGCCCCUGCUAGUUCUGUCACCCCAUCUGGCUGUUUCCUAGAGAAUCUGUCUGGCCCCUGCCGUGCCUGCUCCCCAGGCACUGGACACAGAUCUCCCCUCCUGACCAAAGCUCCUGCUUCCAUGUGGCACAUUUGUUCUUCUCAUGGGGUGGCCAACCGGAGGGAGGGCUGAGGGCCUGCCUGCCGCCUUCGCUCUACAUUCACCCUGGGGGGGUAUUGGGGGUUCAGGGCACACCCUUUGUGAGGGCCUGCUCUUCCAAUAUCUUCCCCCCCACUAAAGUUCUCAACUGGUCCUUUAGGCUCUGCAAACUUAAAACAGCAACAACAAAAAGAUACAUUUGGGUAAAUGCUCUCCCGCCCGGUGCUGGGCUGUAGGAAUCAAGCACUCUUAAGCCCCAGGGCUCCAGAGAGGACCAAGGGGUGGCACUCAAGUGGGUGGCUGGAACUCUUGGCUUCUAAACAGUGCUUUUUUCACUCCUCUGGAGUCCGGACCUGCACCCUGGGAAUGUCCCAGCAGGUCAAACGUGGCAUCCAGUUUUAAAAAGCUGGGCCCCAGGCAGGCAGAAAUGGGUGCAGGUGUGGCCCUGCCCUGGCACCCUGACUGCGAAGGAGCCUCGCAGCUGCCCCCCGCCUUAAAACAACCAACUGUCUCCGGAUGCUGGGGGAUUCGGGUGCCAAGUGCUCUGAAAAUCUAUUCUCUUUGGCUCAGCCAAAAGAUACACCCCCCUCUUUCUUCCUCCUCUCCUCCUGGGCUUGGAGGAAUUUUCUUAAAAAAAAAAAAAAAAAAUCAUAGUUAAGCCCAAGUGAGGAGACCCUGCCCAGGCCCCGCUCUCCCUGCUCAGAAACCACACGGAAUUUGGGAGGAAAACCCAUCAGAUGAGGAGGUGUUGACAAGGCACAGGGCAGGAGAGAGGCGCACUCACGGGGACCCCCAACCCCCACCCCGCUGUUCUCUUUGUUUACUUGGAGGUGGCAGCCUGUCUGGUCUUGUUCGUGGUCUGACUGUUCCUAAGUGUGUAACUUCCAGUAUUAUCUGUGGUGGAUGGUUCUGUGGUGAACAAGGUUUAUUCUGUUCCUUCUGGCUGCCUUGUACAAAAUCCGUUAGAAAAGAAAAUGUAAAAUACCAGGUUUCUAAUAAGACAAAAACAGCAUUACAGAGUUAAAAGAUUUUUACAACUGGUCUUGAUUUUGACGUGAGCUGGUUUUUAACUCUCAAACGUUGUCACUUAAAUAAAGACCUUAUUUGCCUUUAAAAUGUG